UAUAAAGCCCAGAGGGACUUUGGCUUUGGCUUAAUUAUCAUAUUUGUUGGGACACAGCAUGACUAUUUCUAUGGGAGAGUGGGUGACCUUGGUUUUGGGAGGUUUUCCAUUGUUGGGGUUGCUAUUGUGGUGGUGGAAUGAGCUUUGGUAUGUGCUUCCUCUCAAACUACGACAGUCGCCUACCGGCGCUAAAUUGCCGCCCGGCCACAUGGGACUUCCAUUCUUGGGUGAAAUCUUCACCUUCCUUUGGUACUUCAAAAUUGUUCGUCGUCCUGACGACUUUAUCAAUGCUAAGCGGGCUAAGUACGGUGAUGGAGUCGGAAUGUAUAGAACUCACCUCUUUGGAUCACCGACCAUCAUAGCAUGCUUCCCGGGAAUCAACAAAUUUGUGUUCCAAUCAGAUGAAACCUUCAUCCUAGACUGGCCCAAUGUUGAUAUUGUAGGUGCUAGUUCUAUAGUGGCAGUUCAUGGAAAGUCUCAUACAAAACUUAGAAGCUAUGUUGUAAGCGUAAUUAACCGUCCUGACGCUCUCCAUCGCAUAAGCCAACUUGUCCAACCUCGUAUGGUGGCCGCGUUGGAGUCAUGGGCUCUGAAGGGUAGAGUCAGAGGAUAUGAUGAAGCCACGAAGGUCACAUUUGAAAAUAUUGGGAAACUAUUCGUAAGUUUGGAGCCGGGGCCUCUGCUUGAUACCAUUGAUAACUUGUUUACCGGAUUAGUCACUGGAAUUAGGGCUCAUCCACUGAACAUUCCCGGAUCGGCUUACCGCUAUGCCCUUCAGUGUAGAAAAAAGCUUGAGGACAUUUUCAGGGUGGAGCUAGAGAAGAAAAAAACUCUAAAGGAAGGGGUGACAAAUGAUCUAAUGGAUGGGCUUAUGCAGAUUAAAGACGAUGAAGGCAAUAAAUUAAAUGACCAAGAGGUUCUAGAUAACAUUGUCAGCCUUGUUGUCGCUGGAUAUGCAUCUACUUCACUAUCAACAAUGUGGUCUUUAUAUUAUCUCGCAAAAUACCCUGACGUCCUCCAAAAGCUCCGCGAAGAGAAUAUGGCUAUACAUGAGAGCAAGAGUACUGGGGAGUUUAUCACGUAUGAAGAUGUUUUAAAAAUGAAAUACACAAACAAGGUGGUGGAAGAAACAAUAAGAUUGGCCAACAUUGCAGCAUUUGUUUUCCGAUUGGCUACUAAGGAAGUUGAGUAUAAGGGUUAUAAAAUACCCAAGGAUUGGAGAGUGAUUGUUUGGGUUCGAUAUCUCCACACAAAUUCAGAGAAUUUUGAUGAUCCCAUGUGCUUCAACCCAGAUAGAUGGAAUGAACCAGCCAAGCCAGGAACAUACCAAGUUUUUGGUGGUGGAUCGAGAAUAUGUGCAGGAAACUUGCUUGUCAAGACACAACUUGCAGUAUUUUUACAUCAUUUGUCUGUAGGGUACAAGUGGAAAUUGGUCAAUCCAGAUGCUGAAAUGAUUUAUCUUCCACAUCCAUCACCAGUUGAUAAGGUUGAUAUCACGUUCAACAAAAUUUAG